AUGCCUGCUAGCCAUCGUCCUGAUUUCGCGGCUUUCCGGCAAGAGCAUGCCGUAGAUCGGCACGAACAUGGAUCCAAGUUGAAAGACCAUUUCAUGUGGCCCAUCGUCAACCAGGAAGACUUAUCUGGGCCUAAACUUAUGCUCUUGUUGCUGAAUGCUAGGGGAAGACUUAUUCCUCCUGCCUUUGCUGCAGUUGAUUACGAGGGGCUGUGGUUUGGCAAAGCGACGAAAGGACUCCAUCCUGAAUUUCUUCACCACCAUACUGUGAUCAUGCAUGGCGCAACCAACGCCGAGGAAUACGGAAAGCUUAUUCACUGGGACUCUCACCCAGAUGCCGAAGAGUGGGUGAGAAACCGAAAGCAGUUUCUCCCUGGAGAUGCCCUCUUGGUUCUCGAAGUUCAGGAACGUCUCAUGAAAUUCCUCGUUGAUUGCUGCCACCAAAUUCUUCACAAGAUUCCCCCAGACACCAUGAUUAGCGAAGAAUACCCCAUCCAACCUGAACCAACAUUGAAGACGGACAGCGACGCGUCUGGGUUUGUUUCCCUGGCAGUAAUCACUGCCGAGGCUCCCUACAAGCGACCAGCAGGCCUCGAUUUUUCGCAUCUGCUCAAGGUCCUCGAGGCUAGGACGUUAGCUGCAGAAGAUCAUAUUUGGUCCUUGCGAGAGGACCCUGCCUACUUUUCAGAGCAGUUCCGCGAGAUCCUUGACCAUCGUGAAGAGAUGCUUCCAGACACCAAGGGUAACCCGCAUCCUGUCACUCAACCCCACCGAAUCAAUACCCUCUGGUCCCGAGUCCUUCUUAACAUGGUUUUGAACGCCUAUUCGAACCUAGAAGUCUUUUCAGUUCUGUAUAAUCAAGUCUUGGUUUGCAUUCAACUUGAGAAAUCCUCUCGCAACGAUAUCGAUCCUGCGAAGGACUUGCCCAAGCUGUAUUUUCACGCUUUGGCUUUGUUCAAGUUUUAUCUAGACCAAGCAGUCAUGGUUCCCUUGGAGCAACUUGAGCACUCCGAAUUCGCCUCACCUCCCAUUCGGAAGUUCUUCGCUCGCAUGCCACCGCCAGAUCCUUAUACGUCAGACAUGAACGUGAUCCCGCGUGCUGGGCUCAAGAUUACUGGAGUCGAUAAAGAGAUCAUGUUCCUCAUCCAAACAUUGUGGAAGGAUGACUGGGGGCUUUUUAUAGCGCGCUUGCCGCUCGUCGUUGAUGAGCUCGAGCGAUUGAUGCAGGCAGACCCUAAAGCAGAUGCACUCAUAUCGGCUUAUGUUGCCAAGAUACUAGGUGAUAUUGCCAUUAUAGCACAGUGUCUGAAGCAGUUGGAACUGUACCAGCCAUGGGCCGCCCAGUUUGACCAGGUUAUUCAAUCUAAAAUUGAUACAUACCGAGAUAUUUGGAAUGAGCUGGUGCCUAAUUUCGGGCAAUUGUAUGAUGCUUUCCUGAAGAAAGAAUUCGAUGAAGUAGCAAGGUUCGCAGAACCUUCGGAUGGAAAGUUUACCUAUCCUUAUAGCAAGCGCCGUACCAAAGAGACGGUAGAUACCAUGCGCCGAGCUGAAGCUAACCUGGACAUAAUCUGGACCAAGAUCGACCAGAUCACUCAAAAGAAUGUCACAGACUUUAAGGAAACUGCUCUUUACACGCUGCUUUCCCGACCGCGAACCCUGCGAAGGACGCCUGAGUGGGUUGAGCCUAUAAAGACCGACUCCAAGGCUGAGUCUAUUACGAAUCGAGAUCUAUGGGAGCUCAACAAACCUCUUUCUAGACUAUUUCUGGACGAACCUGCGCAAGAACCAAAGAAGUUUAAACCAGAAGUCAAGUCAAAAACCAAGGUUAAGACCAAACGUGACCCGACAGAGCCUGCCACUGCCGAGCAGGCGACCCCGCCGGCUGAUGAAGCAGAACCAGCGGCUGAAGCCACCCAACCCACAUUUGCUGUUGAUGCCAAAGCACUCAAGGUGUUCCGUACUCUGUUCUUCGAUCCUGAAGUAACAUCGACUCCUGGCUUGAUCCCGUGGAACGACUUCCUCUAUGCCAUGGCGGCGACUGGCUUUAAGAUUGAAAAGCUGUAUGGCUCGGUCUGGCAGUUUACUCCGACUAAGCUGGACGUUGAGCGUGGCAUUCAUUUCCAUGAACCGCACCCCAUGGGGAAGAUCCCGUUUGAGACGGCUAGACGACACGGACGACGUUUGACGAGGGCAUAUGGAUGGCAUGGGGGUAUGUUUAUACUGAAGGAAAAGUCGUAG